CUUUUGAAAGAAGGCAACAAUUUGGAGCCUAAUGUCAAAGUCACCGGAUAUCGAAGACGACAAUUGCUAUUCCAACGGUACUACACACUCAACGAAGGGAACACAUUUGUUUACUGCCACGAUAUAAAGGGACUGAUGGAGGCGAUGGCCAUUAAUUAUGUCGCAGCUGAUUGGCGAAUGUUCAUCGAUUCUUCGAAAUCAAGCCUGAAAGUCGUUUUGCUACAUAAAUAUAAUAAAAAACCAAGCAUUCCCAUUGGCUACAGCACAGACAUGAGCGAAACAUACGAUUCCAUGAAAAUAAUUUUGGAUAAAGUUUGCUACACUGAUCACAUGUGGCGGAUCAGUUGUGAUCUGAAAGUCGUGGCGAUGCUAAGAGGUCUCCAAGGAGGCUAUACGAAAAACAUGUGUUUCUUGUGUCUUUGGGAUACCCGAUUUAAAGGAAACCAAUACGAAACGCAUGACUGGCUUGCUCGAGAUCCAACGGAGAAAGGACACAACUGCGUAAAUGAUCCACUGGUGCCAAUGGAGAACGUCCUCAUGCCCCCUCUCCAUAUCAAACUGGGAAUCGUAAAAAAUUUCAUCAAGGCCAUUGUGAAGCAACCGAAAAUUCUUGAUUGUUUGAAAAAUAUUUUCCCACCAAUCAGCGAAGCAAAAUUGAAGGAAGGUGUUCUGAAUGGGCCGGAUAUACGAAAGCUCAUGAAAUCAAAGGAAUUUAAAGGUGCUUUAGACGGUAAUGAUUACUUUGCGUGGAGGGCAGUGAAGAAAGUCAUACGAUAUUUUUUGGGAAGUACGCGAGCACACAAUUACCCCGCUCUUGUGACCAAGAUGUUGCACUACUUCCAGAAAAUUGGAGUGAAUAUGUCCCUCAAAAUUCACUUCUUGCAUCACCAUCUCGAAUACUUCAGCAAGCAGCUAGCCUCAGAGUCGGAUGAACAUGGCGAGCGCUUCCAUCAAGUGGCAAUGCCAAUGGAAACGCGAUAUAAAGGCAAAAGGCUCGAUUCGCUGGUGGCUGAAAUUUGUUGGUGGUCGCAAAAGACGUACGAUCCCGACAAUGAAGAUGAAGAAGAAGAAUAUACAAUGGGAGUUUCCUCCGAGGAUGAAGACAGAUCCUCAUCCGAUACAGACUCUGAACAAGUGGGCGAACCACCACGCAAGAAAGUAAAGGGCGCAAACAAACGAAAAUAAGUUUUGCGUUCAUCGAUUUUUAUAACCUAUGUAUCUAUGUAAUAACCUAAUAAUUAC